AUGAAUACAAUAGUUGAAGUAUUAACAUGGGAUGUAGUUGCAUUUAAAGAAAAGAAAGGCACUAGCAUAUGUGCUGUGCCUUCAUUGUGGGUGCAAAAGGUGGGCACAAAAAAUUAUGUAUAUUGGCCUAAAUCCAAUGUCACCAAGUUGAGACAAAUUGCAGGAUCCGUUCCCGAAGAAACUUGGGAUAAUUAUGAAUGUAUUAUUAAAAAAACCCAAAUUAAAACAUAUAAGGAAGCCCUGAUUUGGGAAUCAGUUUUAAUAGAGGCCAAUACGGAUGAAGAGCCAGGUACCAAAGAUGUUAAUUUAAGUUACAUACCACAAAGUAGAAAUACUAGUACUACUACAUCUAACAGUGCAUCUUUAGGUUUAACAACACUUAAUUUGGAUGAACUAAAUAAUAAAAUUAAUAGAGUUGAACAAAAAUGUGACAACAUUAUCAAAGAUAAUGCAGGGAUCAAAGAAGUCUUGGAUAAUAUAGAAAAACUAAUUAGGUCCCAACUUCAACACCAUAUUGAACCUGAGAUACUUGAUUGCACAGAUUUUGCCAUUCCAAAUCAGGUAAAAAAAAAAUCAUUCAGUAUGUUGGUGGGUUUUUUAAAAUCCUUUACACAAAUAAUGGAAAAAGUGGACUGCAAAUGGACCAUCACAGAGACUGAAAAAUUCUUUAAAACAAAGCUUCUUAAAUUCUCUGUCCAAAGAGAGAAGGUGGCAUUAGCAAAAAUGGAAAAGGCAAAAGGGUUAAUAUUAAAUAAGGAGAAUAAAGAAAACAAAGAAAUAACUGAAAACACAGAAAUGACUGAAACCACAGAAAUGAAUGAAAACACAGAAAUGACUGAAAACAACAAUAUAACAGAAAUAAUAAUAAAUAGACUGUUUUCAAAAGCACAUAAUUGA